CUCCGUGACUCUGAUGCUUAUCAACAACGCGUGAAGAUUGCAGUAAGGAUCCUCCCUGGAAGGCGAGGAGGAGCAACUUCCAGGGGGCUGGGAGGAGGUGGAGUGCAGCGCGGCUCUCGCCUAUAAGGAGAUGCCCAGCGAGCGGCUGGUGCUUCCCACCCAGCCGCCGCUCGCAAGGUGAAUCGGCGCCGCGGCAGUCAGGGCAGCGGGCUCGGCUCGGGCACUGCCGCCGGCGUCCGGAGAGGCUCCUCCAAGGGCUGCCAAGAGUCCCCCGGCCGGCUCCGGCUUCCCUUCACCAGGAGUGCGUGGAUGCUGUAUGGAGUAAAUGAGCGGAGGCAGAGCGAGCGCACAGAGGCUGAGAGGCGCUCGGAGACCGGGACCAGGGGAGACAGGCGGGCGGCUGGCUUCCCCCUCCGGGGCUGAAGAUGGAUUCCCGAGCCCUCGGGGGCUUCGCUCUGCUGCUCUUCACUUUAUGGCAUCUGGGAUUAACUGCAACCAAUUAUAAUUGUGAUGAUCCACUGGUAUCUCCCUUACCUUCAGCUGCCCUUACCAGUUCCUCUGAGCUCUUCAGUACCCACAGUCCCAGCUUUGCAAAACUCAACAGGAGAGAUGGAGCUGGUGGCUGGUCCCCACUGGAGUCCAACGAGCAGCAGUGGCUCCAGGUUGAUCUGGGGGACCGCGUGGAGAUCGUGGCGGUGGCCACGCAGGGCAGGUACGGGAGCUCGGACUGGGUGACCAGCUACGCGCUGAUGUUCAGCGACACCGGCCGCAACUGGAAGCAGUACAGACAGGACGACGCCGUCUGGGUCUUCACAGGGAACAGCAAUGCUGACAGUGUGGUUCACCACAAGCUGCUGCACUCCGUGAAAGCUCGAUUCCUGCGCUUCAUCCCUCUGAAGUGGAAUGUUGGUGGGCGGAUAGGACUGAGAGUUGAGGUCUUUGGCUGCUCUUACAAGUCAGAUAUUGCAGACUUUGAUGGCAGAAGUUCACUUCUCUACAGGUUCAAUCAGAAGCUUAUGAGCACUUUCAAAGAUGUAGUUUCCUUGAAGUUCAAGAGCAUGCAGGGGGAUGGAGUCUUAUUCCAUGGAGAAGGACAGCGUGGAGACUACAUAACCUUGGAACUGCAGAAAGGGAAGCUCUCCUUGCACCUCAACCUUGGAGACUCCAACCUGCACUUCAGUAACAGCCACACGUCUGUGACCCUGGGAAGCCUCCUGGAUGACCAGCACUGGCACUCGGUUCUCAUAGAACGCUUCAACAAGCAAGUGAACUUCACAGUGGACAAGUACACCCAGCACUUCCGAACUAAGGGGGAUUCAGAUCACCUGGACAUUGAUUAUGAGCUCAGUUUCGGAGGGAUUCCUGUCCCAGGCAAGCCAGGAACCUUUCAGAGGAAAAAUUUCCAUGGGUGCAUUGAAAACCUUUAUUACAAUGGAGUCAAUAUAAUUGACCUGGCCAAAAGACGCAAACCUCAGAUCUAUACUGUGGGCAAUGUGACCUUUUCUUGCUCAGAACCACAGAUUGUUCCUAUCACCUUUGUGAGCGCCAGCCGAAGCUACUUGCUGCUCCCCGGCACUGCUCAAAUUGAUGGCUUGUCAGUCAGCUUCCAGUUCCGAACGUGGAAUAAAGAUGGCUUGCUUCUGUUCACCGAGCUGUCUGAAAACUCAGGGCAUCUCUUGGUUUACCUCCACGGUGGGAGAUUGAUGCUACUUAUUCAAAAGGAGACUGAGAACCCAGUGGAAAUCACUGAAGGCACCAAUCUCCAUGAUGGGCUUUGGCAUUCUGUUGCCAUCAAUGCCAGGAGGCAUCGCAUUACCCUGACGCUGGAUAACGACGCUGCCACCGCCAGCCAUGCAACCACUGUCUCAAGGAUCUACUCUGGGAACAGCUACUAUUUUGGAGGGUGCCCUGACAAUUUCACCGAUUCCCAGUGUUUAAAUCCCAUUACUGCUUUUCAAGGCUGUAUGAGGCUCAUCUUUAUUGAUAACCAGCCCAAGGACCUCAUUUUAGUUCAGCAAGGCUCCCUGGGGAAUUUUAGUGAUUUACACAUUGAUCUGUGUGGCAUCAAAGACAGAUGUUUACCCAACUACUGUGAACAUGGAGGAAAAUGCUCCCAGUCCUGGGCCACCUUCUACUGUGACUGUAACAACACAGGCUACAUGGGAGCCACCUGUCACAACUCUGUCUAUGAACAAUCCUGUGAGGCUUACCGACACCAAGGGAAGACAUCAGGCUUCUUCUACAUCGAUUCUGAUGGAAGUGGACCACUGGGACCACUCCGUGUUUUUUGCAAUAUGACAGAAGAUAAGAUCUGGACUGCAGUGCAGCACAACAGCACAGGGCUGACCAGAGUGCAAGGAGCUGGUCCAGAGAAGCCCUACACCAUGUCCUUCGACUACAACAGCAGUGCAGAGCAGCUGGAGGCUGUGAUAAACAGUGCUGAGAACUGUGAGCAGGAGGCAUCCUACUACUGCAAAAAGUCACGGCUCCUCAACACCCCGAAUGGAAUGCCAUUUGCUUGGUGGGUUGGCCGUGCCAAUGAAAAGCAUCUUUACUGGGGAGGAUCUCUUCCGGGCAUUCAACAGUGUGCAUGUGGAUUGGAAGAAAGUUGUCUGGAUAUGAGAUAUUUUUGCAACUGUGACGCAGAUAGAGAAGAAUGGACAAAUGAUACCGGCCUCCUUGCUUUCAAAGACCAUUUGCCUGUAACUCAGAUUGUGAUCACUGACACAAACAGAUCAAAUUCUGAGGCUGCUUGGAAAAUCGGCCCUUUGCGUUGCUAUGGAGACAGGCAGUUCUGGAAUGCUGCUUCCUUCAACACGGAGGCCUCCUACCUGCACUUCCCCACGCUCCACGCCGAGGUCAGCCUGGACAUCUCCUUCUUCUUCAAAACUACCGCCGUGUCCGGGGUGUUCUUGGAAAACCUGGGGAUCAAAGACUUCAUUCGAAUUGAAAUCAGCUCCCCCAAGGAGAUCACCUUCUCCAUAGAUGUUGGGAACGGCCCCACCGAAGCCACGGUGCAGUCCCCCACAGCCCUGAACGACAACCAGUGGCACUACGUGCGGGCAGAGAGGAACCUCAAGCAAACCUCUCUGCAGGUGGACAGCCUCCCCAAGAAGGUCCUGGAGGCUCCUGCUGAGGGGCAUUUCCGCCUGCAGCUCAACAGCCAGUUAUUUGUAGGGGGAACAGCUUCCAGACAGAAGGGCUUUUUGGGAUGUAUUCGAUCUCUGCAUUUAAAUGGACAGAAACUUGACCUCGAGGAGAGAGCUAAAAUGACGCCUGGUGUUAAACCUGGAUGCCCAGGACAUUGCAGCAGUUAUGGGAACCUGUGCCAUAAUGGAGGAAAAUGUGUGGAAAAGUAUAAUGGCUACUUCUGUGACUGUACCAACUCAGCCUAUGAAGGACCUUUCUGCAAGGAAGAGGUUUCUGCAUUAUUUGAAGCCGGCACUUCUGUUACCUAUACUUUCCAAGAACCUUAUCCUGUCACAAAGAAUGCAAGCACCUCAAGCUCUGCCAUUUAUGUGGAUGCAGUCGUGUCCAAGGAGAAUAUUGCGUUCAGCUUUCUCACAGCACACACUCCAAGCCUUCUGCUCUACAUCAACACCUACUUUCAUGAAUAUUUGGCUGUUAUUCUCUCCAAGAAUGGAAGUUUACAGGUACGAUACAAGCUGAGUAAGGAUGGGCUCCUCAUUUUCACCAUUGACUCUGGGAAUUUUGCCAACCGAGAGCUACACCAUGUGAAGAUUAACAGAGAAGGCAGAGAGCUCGUCAUUCAGGUUGAUCAAGUUCUCAAACUCAAACACAACUUUUCUGAGAUUGAUUUUAAGGCCAUUAAGUCACUCACCUUGGGCAAGGUCACAGACAGUUUGUCCCUGGACCCUGAAGUCUCCAAGGCGAAUGCCUAUGGCUUCACUGGCUGCCUGUCCUCUGUCCAGUACAACCACAUCGCUCCCCUGAAGGCUGCCCUGCGCCACCCCAGCAUCGCUCCUGUGACUGUCAGAGGCUCCUUGACACAAUCCAACUGUGCAUCCAUGAUGGAAGCUGACGUGAACACAGCAACCACAACAUAUUCCUCAUCAGAUCCUUUUGGGAAGACAGAUGAAAGAGAACCUCUCACCAAUGCAGUCAGAAGUGAUUCAGCUGUGAUUGGAGGUGUAAUAGCAGUUGUGAUAUUCAUCAUCUUUUGCAUCAUUGCCAUCAUGAGCAGAUUCCUCUAUCAACACAAACAAGCACAUCGAAAUAGCCAGAAGAAGGAGAAGGAAUACCCAGAAAACCUUGAGAGCUCCUUUAAAGCUGACAUUGACUUGCAAAACACAGUGAGCGAGUGCAAACGGGAAUAUUUUAUCUGAUGGACAGUGCAAUUUCCCCUUACUCUUCCUCCCCUAAACUCCUUUUCUUUAGCCCUUUCUCCCUCCCUUUUUUCUUUUUGAAUUUUUUUUUUUACACUCAUUUUUUGCUAGCUUCGUUUUCCUUUGGAAAAGACCGCCCUGCACAGGAAACACUGAGAACAAUCACAGUGCCUCACUCUCUGCACAAGAACCUGGCAAUCACAUUUACUUCUGCAGCUCAAGAGACCUGUUAUCCCAUCCUACACUAAACAAGAUCCACGUGCACACCUGGUUUCUGCUGGCAGUUCUUGGAUGUUUCAAAGCCCCUACAUUUAUUUGUUGUUUUUUUUUUCCUCUGGAGCUAUUUAAGUAGUUGCUUUUACACUAGAGCUGGACUAUGUAAAGUACAGGUAAAGUAGUUGAACACAUAGCUCUGCAGAUACUGGGACAGGAUAGAGGGAAAGAAUGAGAUCAGAACACCUGAUUUAUUUCAUGGGCUCAUUUACAACAAUCAUAAAGAACCAGCCAAAUUCUCAAAUGUUAUUAAUUGAUAAAUUGUUUAUUGAUUUAAAGAAAUUAAAUUUAUUGUGUUAAAUCAAUUUGUACCAGUUGAAAAGCUGGUAUGACAUAAAAGAAAAUAAAACUGUCCUCAUUAAGCUCCUUCCCCCAAACUCCUGUCCUUUUACUGUAACUUUAAGGCUUCUCAAUAAUUUUCCAACAAUAUUUGUAUCAACAAUAAAUAUCAUUCCUAUGCACCUCUUUCACCUCCAUCUCAUAAGGCUGGCUAUGUAGACCCAACAUACACUAGUAUAACCCUAGCUGAAGCAUGGAAAAUAGUAGCUUGAAUCUCCAAGGGUUUUAGGAAGCUGCUAGGACUUAGGUGCUCUAUAUUUGUCUGAAAUGUUAGAAAUGAACAUAUGCCUGUUCAUGCCACAUGGAGGAUUAUCACACACUGAGGUUAAACGCUGUUGCCACUGUGGAAAAGAAAAAGAACAUAGAUGAGAAAAAAACAAAAUAGUUUAAUCUUAAAUAUGACUCACACUUUCUGCCAGUUUUCCUAAAAAAACAAAAAAAACCAAAAAAAAAGAGAAGAAAAACCAAACCCUAUUACUCAAAAAACCCUCCCAAAACUGCAUGAAAGAUUGAUUGGUAUUUCCUGUUCAUAGAAAUUUGAAUAACUUCUCCAAAGCUAAAUAGAGAGAGGUCUGAUGUCAUGUCUAAAAAGAGGAAUAUUUGAUAAACUCUCUUUACAAGGAAGAAUAUAAGGGAAACAAAGAGAUCCCAAACACUCUACUUCAAAUUAAUCUUCAGUCCUUUUUUUUUUCAAAUCUUCUGUCCUUUCCUGAUUGGGAACAUUCCUGAAGAAUCAAGUUCUGCCCAUUUUACUCGUGCUGCAUGGUUACAGUGUGGGAAUGAAUAGCCUCCUUUUCAAUCACAAAAAAAGUAAGAAAUUAAGGAGUCCCAGCCAGUGAGGUUUUGAACACCCUUGUGUCUGUGUGACAUCUGCCUUUGCAGGGCUUCUAAAGAGUAUGUAGAAUGUUCUGGUGGUAGAAUUAAGCCUAAAUUUAAGGGGAAAAAAAAGUCUUAUUCAUUGCAGUACUCUUGAUAAGAAUUAAUCAGACACAAUUGAUUGUGCAGCUAAAUUUCCUUCUUUGCCCCACACCCUGUGCAGCCAUCCUGGGGUUUCCACACAGUGGUCCUUUUUGCAUAGAUUAAAAAUUAAAGAAUCCCAGUAUGAGGUAAUAAUCCACAGCAAACUAGAGAUGAGUUUACACAUGAACAGGUGUUGUUUUCUAGGCAGUCCAUUGGAAAGGUAUGUAGAUGUUUAUUUGUUCAAGUUUUUUGUUUGAGUUUUUUAAUGAGAGGAGAGAGCAGAUGAGGAAGAAUAAAUAAAUAAAUGACUGGACAUGGUGAUUCUUUACCCCUUCUUGUGGAGUGUUCAGGGAAGAGAAAGCAGUCUUGGAGUGACAUCAUUCCUAGGUGAAGAGGAAUAUGAGGCCAGCCCUAUAACCAGAACUCUUCACUGAGCUAUUUUAUAAAGCUGUCAACAUUGAAACUAGUUUGGUGCCAUUCUUCCUCAGCCAUGAUCAGCUGCAGCCAUUUCACCACACUCUGGCUGUUAGAGUGACACAACUGCUCAACAGUGUUUCUGUGUGGUGAGUGCUGGACUGAUGGACUCAGUAGCUGGAUUCUCUUUACAAUGCUUUGUUUUUGGUGGUAAAAUUCUGGCAAAGCAAUCAUCUUUUUCUUUCCUGCAGAUCAAACUGCUUUGUUUGGCAUGGCAGAAGGGAGGAAUAGGAGAGUUCAUGGGUGCCUCUGCCCAUGUUUGAGUCAUCUUUUCUGAAAUGGCCUCUGCAUGAGACAUCUCUGAUGUGCUGAUGUGCUUAAUUGGCUACAUGAAGAAUGGAGCAGGAGGGCAAAACUCUGGAAAUUUAGCUAGGCUGGGGCACAUCUGUAAAAAGAAAGAACAUCACAUGAAUGUGUGCCUGAGUAUACAGAGAUGGGUAUCUGUACCUGUGGAUGUACUGAGAUGGGGAGAUUUUUAUGCUACAGGGCUGAACAAAUGAACACUUCUAAAUUAGGAUGUAAAAAUUAUUCUUAUUAAAAGAUAGCUAAAAUAUACUAAAUGAAGUGCUCUAAAUAUGAACUCCUUUUUGUUUUUUAAGUAGUUUUGUUUUUUGUUUUAAUGCUUUCUUUAGUGAGGACAUAAUUGGAUUUCCUUCAGUAGUAGUUAAAUGCAAUUUUAUUUUUUUUAAAUAAAAGAGAAGAAAUACAGCUUUGAAAAAGCUACUAGAGCUAAAAUUCAUUUUCUUCAUUCAAAUUAGAACUUUUUUCACAUCAAUUUAAAACCAUUUCUGCAAUUUUUGUUAAUGUUUCUUUUUAAAUGGGGUGUUCCCCUUUUUAUUUUAGUUGUCAUUCUAGAUAAUAUUUUUCAGUAAAGCCAGGGACAAUACUUCUGAUUAAAAAUUUUUAGAUUUCACUAAAGUGGAAAACCUGAGACUGUCAAAGAGUUGUUUGGAGGCACUGUUUGGGUUUUCUUCCUUUCCCAAGAUGAGUUUCAUAAUAAAAGUAAGGGACCAGUAGAAAGACACUAUCUCUUUUUUUUCUCUUGGUGAUGUGAUAUGAUAUGUAACCUCUGAAAAUUAUUAUUGCUAGGCAGGGAUUUUUAGACUGUGAAAUUAUGAAGAAUCUUAGAUAUGAAUUUAGGCACUGCAAAUUCCUGUUUUCCAGAAAAGACUUGACCAGUAACAGCCAUGGUUAUAUUUACUCAUGCAGUCUGAGCGGGAUGCCCAGAAGGACUCUGUGAGUUCCAGGGCCUGGCUGUAGAAAACUAAGGAAAUCCGGAUGUCAGAAAGCUAACUCCAACUAACUUGGCUGCCACCUGGGUGAAGGAUAGGCUUUACAAGGAAUUUAGUCUCUUGAGGAUGUGGAUCAAUGCUUAAGUGACCAAACAAAAUGAGCAUUUAACUCAAAUUCAUUUCUGUGUCUUCCUUGCUUUGGAAUGUUCUAAUGUACUACAAGACAUUUAAAUACCUUUGAAAAUUGAGUCCCAUUUCUCUUUUGGAAAUAGAACUUUGGUCCUAAGUAAGUUACCUAUGUAAUUGGCAGUUAGUAUUUCAUCUGUCCUUAUUCACUUACAGAGACAAGACAGUGUGAAUGUUUUGGGUCAGUUUUUAACAUAUACACUGUUUGGUUUUUUUCCUUGUUCUUGCCAUGGCUCAGCACUUAGGUUAUUUCUGCAGUGAAAAAGCCAAAUAAAAGACAUAAUUUUAACUCAUAUGGGCUAAGCCAGAAUUCCCGACAGGGAAUUUACAUUACUGUAAAAAUGAGACAUAUAGAGCUGUGCAGUUAUCAGAGUGUGUUCAGUCAUGAGAUGCCCCAGAUAUUUAAGUUAAAACUAUAACCAGAUUACAAAAAUAAGAUGCUUUUUCUCAUGUUUAUUUUAACCUGAUUUAGCUAGACUUAAAUCAUCCUAUUUAUCAAUUGCUGAAUUUUUACAGUGUAAUCCAAACCCUCAUUUUAAUGAGAUCUUUGACUAUAUUAGAAUUUAGCUGAUCACAUAUUUCACAUAUUGGGUGAGGAGCAAUCAAUAUAUCAAAUUGUUUCACUAUGGGGAGAGGUUAUGAAUCUUUUCCUAAUUAAGUCAGUUAUUGAUUUUGCUGAAGAUAAGAUUGAGACCAACGCAGCACUUGGAUAUUGCCCUUACCUGAGUCUUUUGGGUUUGUUUCAUUUUGCAUUUUGUUUCACUGACUGCCUGUUUUACAAUUGUCACUCAGUCCUGUCCAGCCCUGUGGUUGCUGAGGACAGGGCAAAUGUCUCAAACAUCCUGUGAGAUUAAAUGAAUCACUAGAGAUGCCUCUUUCUCUCCAUUGAUUAUAGAGAUAGGGUAGUCUCCUGGCAAUAGAUAAGUUACUUCUAGCAGAAUCUGCCUAUCAUUCAGAAUUUUACAAUAGUUUUAAAGAUACAGUAGACACAUCUCCACAGAUAUUACAAGUGACUUUUUUUUUACUGAGGUGACAGCUGGGGUCAAGGAAGGACACCUUGCAUCUAAAAUUACUCUAAACAUCUCUGCCUAGUAAAUGUGUGCAUGUCCUUGUAGCCAAAUGCAUGAGACUGGAAUUUCAAAGUAGUGCUUUGAGCCGGCAACAAUCUCAUCAGUAAUUGGUAGGAAAUGGAUAAUUCUCCUUUCAGUCUGUUCUAGAUCAACAUCCAUUUUUGACCUCACAUGGAAGCUUUGGCAGAUAGCACACAUGAAGCCAGAUCCACAUAUUUCUGAAUCUAAAGCUAACUCAGCCCCCUCAGAUGCCUCUCUACAUGCCUGGUGCCAUUUGAGAUGAAACCAGAGCAUCUCUGCAGCUCCAGGAAGGAUGUAAGUCUCCUGUCUGUCACAUCCUGACAUCUGUUAGCCCCAAGUAGCUAUGUCUCAUACUUCUUGGCUUUCUAAUUAUUAAUAUUUCCCAUUCCUAAGGGGUUCUGGUUCCCCAGAACCUAAGUUCUCCAUGAGAUGAAUUGCUGAAAAAAUAAAUCCCAUCUUCAGAAUAAAAUCAACCUUCCUUUUGUAAGGAAGUCUGUCAAUUAACAUACAUCCUCCAUUCCAAAUUAGAAGCGUGUAGAGGAGGCAGAGCUUGACCUCUUUGAGGUCCACCAUCUCAUGCCAUUGCUGUCUAUUGCUCUCACCUACACAAAGUUUACCCUAAACAAGACCAGUUUCAAGUAUUCUUCUGCACGGCUGGUUUUUUUUCACAGACACAAAGGAGUUUAUUUUCUAUUUUACUUUUCAGAAAGCAGCACUUUGUAAAAGACCUGAGCAAAGUCUGAGACCUUCUGGGUGCUAUUUCAAAGCUUUCAUGCAGUUUUUUUUUUUUUAAAUGCCCACUUAUCAAACAAGCCAAGUGCUAUAGCUACACCCCUGCCAAACCAACGGCUUAUCCAGAGGUUUUAGAGGUUGGUGGGAGGCCUCUUGCUUGACUUUAGUUAGAGUUGCACCAUGCCUUUGAAGGUUUUGGGGGCUUUCUUCGCAGGUUGCUAUCGCAGCUUCAAAGCAUGAUUUGUUCCCUUGGGUUCUGCAGUUUGCUGCACUUUCUUUCCCAGUGGAAAGUUCUUCGUGUCCUCUUUCAGUGUGGGUGGCCCCCUCCUCGCUGCUACUUUUGUACAUGAAACUUCUAAACACAUUCUUCUUUUGGGUCUGAAAUAGCUUUUUCCUCUGAUUGUUUAUUUCAAGACAUGCAUCUAGAGAGUUUGAAUAUUUCAGUGUAUUGAUACUUAUUUUUGUGAUAUUUUGCACUAAGUUACUCUGACAAAAACAAAAGUUGGAAAAAAGCACACUUUCUGGUGAACUCUUGUAAUUUGUGAGCUCGUUGUUUGUUGUUUGUAAUGUGCUGAGUCUACAAGCCGAGCUAAGGAAGGAUCAAGGCAACAGUUUGUGUCAACUGUGUCACUCCAUGUCUAGUUCACCUCCGUUUUCUUCUUCUCUCCUUUUUCUUUAACAUGUGGAGCUAUGAAAUUGCUGGUGGGAGUCAGAGGAGCUGUUUCACAAUUCAGAUUUAGAUUAUGAUUUUUUCUCCUGGCAGUCCCAGAAACCAAAAUGUCAUCUGGGUGUUCAACCAGAGGGAGACUGCACUGGAUCAGGGAAAUGCUGUCACCUAGAGAUGGUGGCCUCUAAGGAGAAAAGAGGACAUUGUGAUGGGGCAGUGAAGGAGGCAAAAGCUCUUGGCUUCUGUUUGAAGUCAUGCACGGUAACCAUGAGGUGGAUGUGACGCUUUCAGGCAUUGUUCAGUGGUUGGUCUUUGCCAUAAGAUGAAUUGCUGCUUAGUCUGCCAGAACAUAGUCUGAGUUGUUCUGAUGAUCUAUAAAUUAUCAGAGAUGUGCUUCAAACAUGGGAGAGGAAUUCAAAGGUCUGGCUAACAGCAGAUCUGAAUCUCCCCAGUUGGAUCACUGGAAGUCUCCUGGAUAACCCAAAGGAGAACUGGGGAUGAUUUCCCUCAAACAACCAAAACAUUUAAUCAAAUUUUGGGUACAACAGGUGAUCCAAAGAAUGGUGUUUGCUUAGAGACUUUCCACUCCUUUGUUCAGGAUGCUUGUGGCAGUAGUUUUUUCUAAACUACUGACUGCUGGUCACAUUGCAGCACCACUUACUUUUUGAUAUGCUAAUCAUAACUGUCCCACAAAUUGCAAUCCCACAGACCCCAAAUAGAGUCCAUUUGGAAUAAAUUCUGCAUGGGAAAUUAUUUACUCAUUUUUGCAUGCCCCUUACAGCAACUUCUUGUGUCCUUUAGACACACCCUUUUCUGAUGUGUUUUGUCAUUGCUGCCAAUACAGCACCCAUAUUGUCAAGAAAGUAGGAGGAUUGUUUCUCAGGUAAAGCUUAGGUACAGCCAGUCACAGCCUCACUUUCCAUUCACAACACAGUGGAAUUGAAGUUUCAGGAGCUUAGGACAGCAAACAGAUACAUUCUUUUAUCCAGUCAUAAAAAUCUCUACUCUGUGAUUUUUUUCCAAAUGAAAUGUGUAACACAGACUAUUAUAUCUAAACAAUAGUGAGAAGCUUAACAUUGUUGUACCUGACCUGCUUUGAAACCCCCUUUGUGAAGGAAACAGAGAAAGCUUCAGACCUGGUUGUAGUCCUGUUUAGGUCAAUGUAGAUGCAUCACAGAUGCACUUAGCCUCAUAUUGCUCUUGCUUUAAUGAUCUCCUGCAAACUGGGGCUGACAUACAUGGAUCCAAAUCAGGAACUUAUGUUUGUCUUCCCUUACUGCUGUGAGUAAAAGUUGAAUUCACUGAAAUUUUGCUGUUUUCUAGCAGACCUAUGGAUAAAAUUUGGGAUAAGGCAAUGAACUUCAGCUCCCAUGAUAUGGCUUAAGUCGCCUUCAGGAAUUUCCAAAAAUUUAUGUUUGGGGAAGUUUGGUUUGUGGUGGUGUCUUGUCAACCAACUCAGGAGCCCGCCCUAACACUAACACUAGAAGGAUUUUAUGGGAUUUUAAUGGAUAAAGGCACCCUGAAAAGAAAAAAAAAAAAAGACAAAAUAGCAGCUGAGAUUAAGUAUUUGUAAUAAUAAAAAAAUGGUUCUUUCCACAGGUGAGCCCUUCAUCAUUCACUUUACUUUAUUACUUUAUACUAUUCAGAUUGUAUUAAAUAAAUGUCUCAGAGCUCUGUUCAUUUUAUUAGCAAAGCAAAAAAAAAAAAAAAAAAGAACUUUUUAAUGGUUCGUCCAAGGGUAAAGCAAGAGUCUCUCAGUUACAGUAAAAAGCAAAAUGGAGAUUUAGAUUAUUCCCCUUUCACUAUCUGGUUUUCUAAAGAGAGUUCCACAGGACGUUGCCUCAGUCAAAGUCAGUUUUGUAGACAAUGUAACAUGUCUUAAUACCCUGUUAAGGGAUUGAAAAAAUUUAGCCUUAGCUUCUUUUGUUUUCUAUGGUUACUGUUGUACAGAAGAAAGACUUAAACUGUAAGUAAUGUAUAUUUAAUAAAAAAAGACUUUUUGUAUGA